AUGACGAGGUUAUCAUAUUACGCUGGGGUUUCUACAGUUCUGGCAGGAGGGGUGAUUGUUUCUGCAUUUACACAGCGCGCGAACUUCUAUUCAGCAUGUGUAUAUUUGUCUCAGAGCAAUUUGUGCUUGAUGAUACUCAUCAACCUCAUCCUCUUUAUCUACAGCACGUUCAUAUAUUGGCUUCAACGGCUUUGCUAUGGAGCACUCCGACCCCUCGAAAUUGAGCAGCUAUACGAGAAGUCAUGGUUCGCGAUUACGGAGACAUGUCUGGCAAUGACAAUAUUCCGGGAGGAAGUGGGCGCCUGGUUCUUGGUCAUGUUUGUUGCUCUUUUGACGGGGAAAGUCUGGGGGUGGAUUGGAGAUGGAAGAGUUGAAAUACUGGAUCAACAACCUCCCGCGAAUCCCCGUCUCUUCCACAUUCGAUUAUCCGUCUCUUUGACAAUGUCCAUCAUCUACGACUUAUGGUUGAUGAAAUAUACCAUCAAUACGGUCAUCCAGCAAGCCAGGCCGAAUAUGAUGGUUAUGUUUCUUUUCGAAUUCGCUAUCCUUACCACUUGCUCAUUGGCCACCGGUGUUCGAUACUGCAUAUCACUGAUUGAGGCCAGGGUGCAGAGUAAGCAAACUCAGGAGAGGCUUGUCGAACGGCGCAGGGAGGUUCGGGAAGAGAGAGCUGAGAUUUUGAGGCAAAGAGAAGUUGCUGCGGCAGCUGCUGCAGAAGGUGGUGAAGGAACUGAUGCGGCUCCAUCCACUGCGCCACUACCGUCAGAGGACGACGUCGACGAGAUGGAUAUCGAAACCCCGGGAUGGGAAGCAAAGGGUCAUUGGGUUUUAACUCUUGACCUCAUUUCAGAUUUCAUCAAGCUCGGAAUAUACAUAACAUUCUUUGUGAUCCUGUUCAUGUUCUAUGGCCUACCAAUUCACAUCAUCCGUGAUGUAUUCUUAACAGCUCGAUCGUUUACGAAACGUCUCUCAGCUUUCCUCAGAUAUCGUCGGGCAACAAACGACAUGAACCAGAAAUACGCAGACGCUACCGUAGAAGAUAUUGAACGAGAAGAUACCUGUAUCAUCUGCCGUGAGCAGAUGACGCCUUGGUCCGUCACGAACCCGCAAGCACCUCCGGCUGGUCCAGGAGCAGUUCCGGCUGCUCGUCCCGGCGGACAUACCGUCAAUGAGCAGUCCAGGCCAAAGAAGCUCCCGUGUGGACACACUCUCCAUCUUGGCUGUCUCAAAAGAUGGCUUGAACGUCAGCAGGCAUGCCCUAUAUGUCGAGCUCCUGUAGUGGACGCUCCUCAGGAGCAAGCGCCGAAUGGAGCGGCAAAUAACGGGAACCCCCCCGGUCAAGGAGGCCAGCCUCCAGUGCCCGGACAACAAGAUGGUCCAGGAGCACCUCCACCAGCGGGCCGGCCUCCGGGUCGUCGAAUGAGAAUGAUUAACUUGGGACCCUUGAGAUUUGCUUAUGGUCAAGCAAACAUACAAGAUCUUGCCAACGGCUUUGGUGGCCCUCAAGCGAACCAAGAAAAUGGUGUGGGUGGUGGAGCACGGAUGUAUGGCCUUGAAUUGGGUUUCCCACGCGUCCAGGCUCAACCACAGGCUCAAGGUGGGGCCAAUCUACCUGCCACAGCUACCACAUUGCAGGAUCACCUGCAGCAAAUAGAGCAACAUCUCGUAGCAGAAAUUGGAGCCCUCCAGAUAACACAACAGCAGGUCCAACGGGUGCAAUUAUUGCAGAUAGAGCUUGAAAGGCUUCGACUUAUGCAGAACGGAGGCGCCGAUCCAUUGACCGGAAACAAUGUUCAAACACCGCAAAUGCCGCCGUUGGUCACUAGGGCCAUGGCUAACUCUCCAUUUCAACCGGGUCUACCUCAAAUUCAGCGACACGGGGCCCGUCCAGGUACAGCAGCAAUACCCUCAGGCAGUGCUGAGCUUCCUCCUGGUGUAACCAUACCAGAAGGUUGGUCACUCCUUCCACUGCAAAGAUUAGAUGGUCCUGGGCAAAUACCAACAGGCCCAGUACCUCUUCCCGGACCUGUCGGAAAUGUUGGAGCAGGAUCGGCCCCCACAGGCUCCACGACGACCAUCAGCCCUAUGACGAGAGAAAGUUCUAAUUAUAAUCUGACACCAACACCAACGGCUAAUCCCGACACCCACUCAGAUGAUUCGUCUGAUGGGAACGCCAUCCAUACUCCACCCUCGAUUAUAGCCGACCAAUCAGCCACUUCAAACGUGGACACAAGUACUCCCGCUUCUGCAUCUAUCGCAUCAAAUCCUCCCGCUUCUUCGUCUUCUCAGUUGCCCAAUUGGGGUUCCUCUCAACUAUUUUCAGACGCGCCUAGUACGAGUGCCACCCCCGCAUCCAUGUCCACAUCACCGCUCCCACUUGCCGAUGGGCAGACUCAGGAGGGGCAAGGACAAGGACAGGGUCAGGGUCAGGGUCAACAUGUGUUGAAUGCAGAUACGAGCAGUACCUCUCAUCCUACCUCUCAUCCUGCCUCGUCGGAAACGGAAAUAGGAGAGGCAAGUUCCAGUGCACAGGAAAAGGGGAAGGCAAGAGCGGCUACGGUGGAGGAUACCCUUGAUGAGGCAGAGGGCUCUUGA